AUGGCUUCCAAGGCUUUGCCCCUGAUGGCCUUCCUCCUGAUCGCCAUGCUCCUAGUCUCCGCCGUCGUCGACGCCACGGAAACCUUGGACACGGAAACAGGUUCGUUCUCCCCCCCUCCCCCCCAGCAUCGCUGUUGUCCCCAUGCUGCUGAGACUCCAAGUUUGAGGAGCUCCCAGAGUUUCUCACGCUAACGCAGAGACUUUUUCAUUCCCAUGCAGAGACCUCCGUCGACCAAAGCGGCUUCUACCCGAACCGACCAGGGUGCCGCUACCGCUGCUGCUAUAGGUACCGCUACUACUAUAGGUACGGCUAUAGGUACCGCUACUACUGUCGAUGCUGCCGCAAGGAGCAGUACGAGGCUACCACGGGGAAGGACGACUGA